AUGAAAACGAGCUCGCGUUACUUCAACAAGGGUAGAAAAGUCGUGUCGGAUCUUCCACAAGCGGGCAAAGACGUAUUAAAAGGAAAAGGACUCCGGAGAUUCACACGCGGGACUGUGGAGGAAAGUUCUGUGUUGAUUAAAGAAGAACCAGAUGAGGAACGUACCAAGUGUGAAACUGGGGGGAGUCCGUAUGGGCAAUGUUGUGUAGAGAUGCCACACGUCACAGAACUUAAGGAAGACCCUUUAAGACCUCCACCUCGCACCGUGAGGAGGGCCUACGUUAAAGUGGAGUAUGAAGACAAGGCAGGACCCUGCAUCAAGAAAGAGCGCUGGGAGCCACCUGACUGGAGGAGACAGCUGUCGUUCAUCAGGGAGAUGCGGAGUAGACGGGACGCGCCGGUGGAUCUCAUGGGGGCGGAGAAGUGCUACGACCCCCAGGCUACACCUGAGGUGAUGCGUUUUCAGGUGUUGGUCUCUCUGAUGUUGUCCAGUCAGACGAAGGACCAGGUGACGGCUGCCGCCAUGGAACGACUGCGUGCGCACAACCUCAGCGUGUCCUCCAUCCUCAAAAUGGACGAGGACAAACUGGGCAAACUGAUCUACCCUGUGGGCUUCUGGAAGACGAAAGUGAAGUACCUGAAGCAGGCGACGGAGAUGAUCCACCGGGAGUUCGGAGACGACAUCCCUGACACGCUGGAGGGUUUGGUGCGUCUGCCCGGGGUCGGCCCUAAGAUGGCGCACCUGGCCAUGGCCAUAGCCUGGAAACAGGUCUCCGGCAUUGGAGUGGACACGCACGUUCACCGGAUCUCUAACAGACUGGGAUGGACUCGGAGCACCACCAAGAACCCGGAGGAGACCCGUAGAGCCUUGGAGGAGUGGUUACCAAGAGACCUGUGGUGUGAGAUAAAUUGGCUGUUGGUGGGUUUCGGACAACAGGUCUGUUUACCCAUUUCACCUCUGUGCUCCACCUGUCUGAACCAGCACACAUGUCCCUCAGCCCAUGCCGCCUCACCGACCCUCAGGCCUAAACCUGGCUCUCCGCUAUCUCCCAGGGAGCCUGCUGUACCACGAAAGAAUUCUAAAAUGAAACCAGAGACGUCGAAGCAACAGAUCAAGGAAGAAGCUUUCACCGUUCCCCCCUCCCUGUCUCACCCAAAGCGGAAGAUUGACAGAGACAGAGCGGGCGAUCCAGAGAUGGUGAAAGAGCAGGGGGGUGAAUCGCAGAAAGAGGCGAAUACAAUGGUGAAGACAAGGACAAGAUCUGGAAGGAGAAAGGAAGAGAAAAGAGACGGAGGGAAGACAGAGUGUCCUAGGCUAAUGAGAAGAACUGUGCGCAAACGCAGAUGAAGCUGCAUGUUAUAUUGAAUAAACCAGAAAUCAUCGUUUAAAGCAUCGUUGUUCGCAUCAAAGGCAGCACCGAACGAGGCACAUUAGAAACUCUGCUCUAUGUGUAUAGUUUUCUUAUACAUGCUUUUUUUACUUUUAAUAAAAAUUGAACUAAUAGUA